CAGGAAAUGGACGCCGCCCUGCGCUUCUCGUGCCAGCUGUGGUGCCGGCGCGAUCCCCCCUGGGUCAAGGGCCUGCGCGAGCUCGGAAUCACAACCUUCGACGCCUCCCGCCACGACAUCGAGCUGUGUCAGGCUCAGGCGCCACUGUACGCACAGCUAUCCCCGCGUGCCUCUGACGAAAGGGAUGCGCCCCCAAGUUCCUAUGACGGUCGCCCGGUCAUCAUGGUCGUCCAGCCCUCCUUUGGUGUGUGCACAAGCACCGCAAACAGGAAAUCACCCAACGACGACGCUACAGUCUGGGCCAAAGCGAGUGUCCUGGUCGCGGCACCGCGGCCUGUAAAGGAACCCGCAUCUGUACCGGACGCAGCAGCUGCGCAGGACGCAACUUCUCCAGACUCGGCGUCGAUCAGGGCUUUCGUCGGGACACCCACUUCCGCCGUCGCUCCUCCGGUUCCGCCCAAAGACCCCAAGGAGCAGGCGGUGACCCUGCUGCCUAGCGUCGCCUUUGGUGCCUCACCGCGCUCGGCGCCGAGACAGUCGCCGAGUUCGUCAAUGCCACAUGUCGAGCCGCUGAGGGUUUCGUAGGACACGGUGAUGACCCGAACAUCCCAGGCGCAGGCAAAAGUGGCGUUUACCCUUUGGUCCAGAGGACAAGCUGGGCGUUCAUGGAGGACCCGAUUUUGUCAUGACAUCCGCACUGACAGCAGUUAGCAGAUUCCGUGUCCAGUCAAUCCUCAGUUCCUGUGUCGUGUAUUCCUGCUUUCCGUUUCUUCUGUACAAUAAUGAGACAAAUGAGUCCAUCUAAUGCGGCAAAUUUGCAGUUGACUGUCCAGGACGUGGUGCCUAUGACACCCCGCUGCGCCGCUCCGGGAGAGAGCUGCAGCAAUUCACCAUUGAAUACCACGUUUGUCAAACUCGCGUUAAGCUCGGCGUCGGCUAGUUCCAAAGGCACACAGAUGUACUGGCCAUAUCACGAUAGCGACAUUACGACAAACCCGAGAAUUGCGCCCAACGGACUAUCGUUCGCCCCUCCAGCGCUGAUGCCAGAUUUACUUAAGAAUAGGUAAUCAUCUGCCACAGUCCGUGUCAUCUAGCUACCCAUCUCAUGAUA